AUGCACUUUCGCCUAUCAGAUCCACCAAUGUCACAGUGUACUGCGGGCCAAUUUGUCCGUGCACUCAUCUCCUUCGUGGGCUCCCAGGCUGACGAGUUGAACUUCUCGGAUGGCGAUGUGCUGCACGUCCUCGGUCGACCA